CGUUCCUUCCGAGACAAUCUUACUCCAACACAAACCAAUAAGCGAACAAACACCAACUAAUCAUGGGGAAUCACAAGAUUCCUACCCUUCAGAGGCCAACGAGGCAAUCUCUUGGACUCACCAACUAUGUCAACUACGAAAAGUACAACCCACAUGAUGUCGAUUCUACCGAUGCCCGAAAGUCCUUGUCCCACCUCGACUACUCGCCUCUUAGAAGAGUGACCUGGGAGUCGUUCUGGAUGGGCAUGCUCGUCUCUAUGGGCGGAUUCAUCUUCGGGUACGAUACAGGACAAAUCAGCGGUUUCCUGUCAAUGCCGGACUUCCUGGGGAGGUUUGGUCAGCAUCACAAGGAUGGAACCGCUUACUUUAGCAACGUCAGGUCUGGUCUUAUAGUGGGAAUGCUUUCAAUCGGUACAUUGAUCGGUGCUCUGGUUGCUGGUCCCAUUGCCGAUAUGUUUGGCCGAAAGCCUUCCCUCACGCUGUGGUGUAUCAUUUUCUCCAUAGGAAACAUCGUCAUGAUCUCCUCUGAACACCACUGGUACCAACUCAUGAUGGGCCGUUGGGUGGCGGGUCUAGGCAUUGGCGCCCUCUCACUCCUGGUACCAAUGUAUAUGGCCGAAACCGCUCCUCGACAUAUUCGCGGCGCAUUGAUCAGCACAUACCAGCUAUUUAUCACCUUCGGAAUCUUCCUCGCAGCUUGCAUCAAUUUCGGUACCUACGAGCAUCAGCGUCAUAACGCAAGCUCAUGGCGUAUCCCGAUGGGCAUCGGAUUUGUCUGGGCAUUCAUCCUUGGUGCCGGCAUCUUGCUCUUCCCCGAGACUCCUCGUUGGCUCUACCGCAGAGGCAAGACCGAGGAGGCUAAGCAGAUCAUGCUUAAGGUCUACGGUGCUCCACCUAACCAUUACAGCGUCCAUGUCGAGCUGGAGGAAAUCGAGGCCAAGCUUCGCGCCGAGAAUCGCCAGGAGGGAGUUAUCCGGGAAUGGAUCCAUAUGUUCUCUGCUCCCAAGAUGGGGUACCGUAUCCUGCUCGGAGUUGCGUUGCAAAUGUUUCAGCAGUUGACCGGGGCAAACUACUUCUUCUACUACGGAACGGUCAUCUUCAAGGCCACCGGUAUCAACAACUCUUUCGUCACCCAGAUGAUCUUGAACGGCAUCAACUUUGGCUCUACCUUUUACGGAUUAUACAUCGUCGAACACUAUGGUCGUCGGCGGUCCCUCAUGGUUGGGUCCGCAUGGAUGUUCCUCAUGUUCUUGAUCUUCGCUUCUGUCGGACACUUCUCCCUCAACCGCAGCGACCCACAGGCCACCGAAUCCAGCGGUACGGCAAUGAUUGUCAUGGCCAGUUUCUUCAUUUUUGGCUUCGCCACCACAUGGGGCCCUAUGAUCUGGACAAUCUGCGGAGAAUUGUAUCCAUCGCGCUACAGAGCGAAAGGCAUGGCUCUGUCCACGGCUUCCAACUGGCUCUGGAAUUUCCUUUUGGCAUUCUUCACGCCCUUCAUUACAGGCGCCAUCGAUUUCCGCUACGGCUACGUAUUCGCCGGCUGCAAUGUCCUGGGCUUCUUCUUGAUCUACUUCUUCGUCAUCGAAGGUCAAGGUCGGACCCUCGAGGAGAUCGAUACCAUGUAUCUCCUCUCCGUCAAGCCCUGGAAAUCUGGACACUGGGAGGCUCCGGCUCCAAACGAGAUAGCUGCCAUUAGACGACAAGCCGGUACCGACGAGGCCACCGCUGAAGCUGGAGAGGUCCACCCCGCUGCCACCGACGCAGCGCCUUUUGGACGGGAUAGUGUCGAGACUGCUAAUACCGACGCCGAGAAAGAAGCGGAGCACCGCGAGUAAACCACUCAACAUAUCGAAACCCUGAAAGACGCAAGGGAAAGGAGGUAAUAAAGGUGAAGGGGACGUCUUAAAAAGGUCCGAGUUCAAUUGGAAAGUCCACACAUUCGUUUUCAAAUUAUACGUCAAAAGGUAAUGGGACGACAAGAUACCCCAGGGGAGGAUAUGAGACACUGACGUCCAUACUAUGAUAUGAUACCACGAUCGUUAUGUCACUUGUCGCAUCGUCGACAUCCUACUAUGCAGUAUACCAGAUGUAACAAGCUGUUAGCUUAGCGAAAAUAUUAAUAUUUGACAUUUUG